CCGAGCUUACGUAUCGAAAGCUGGCAUUCGUGUUCUCCUAACUUUACGUGCAAUAGAUUAAAUAAGUAAUAUAAGCUAGCACACUGGCUAAUUUUAAUUAAUCUGUAGUAUAAGUGUACAUUUAUAGAUUUUUUAGAAUAAUUCUCCUCAAUCUAAAAAAAAACAUUGAUAAACUAGUGCCGGCAGCCCCUACGUAUAUCAGUGGUAACAAUUCGGGAAUUAAAUGUGUUAAGCCACAAUGGAGUUUCUACGCGCGAACGAAUCCGUGGAAGAGUUUUAUAUGCGAUGUACGAACUUAAGCGUGUUCGACUGUAGUGAAGAAGAAAUGCUAUGGUGCACGAUGGGGCCGAGGCGACUUCCAUUGUCUAGAAUAAUACCGAUCACAGUAUUUUUGUUGGUAAUAUUUCUGACGGGCGUCAUAGGAAACGUGGCAGUGUGCGUGGUUAUAGUGCGACACCCGGCGAUGCAUACAGACACCAAUUAUUACCUCUUUAGCUUGGCAUUGAGCGAUCUUCUCUUAUUGCUGUUUGGUCUACCGAAUGAUCUCUCCGUGUACUGGCACCAGUAUCCCUACAGUUUGGGCGUCGUUUUUUGCAAACUUCGUGCUUUAAUAUCUGAAGCGGCCUCCUACGUCUCCGUUCUAACGAUUGUCGCAUUCACCUUGGAGCGCUAUCUGGCAAUUUGUCAUCCGCUGCAUAUCUACGCUGUAGCAGGGCUGCGGCGGGCCCUAAGAAUUGUGCUUGUUCUCUGGGUCCUGUCUCUGCUGGCCGCUUCACCUUUUGCACACUACACCACUGUCAACUACCACGAGUAUCCACCAGCAUCUGGAAAUGCAUCUUUGGAGUCUGCGUUCUGCGCCAUGCUGGAGCUGCCUUCUUGGUACAUUUGCGAGCUGAGUAGCUUCUUCUUCUUUAUCCUGCCAGGCCUCAUCAUCCUCUGUCUGUACGUGCGAAUGGGCUUGCGCAUUAGGUAUGUUAUGGGGUCCACUCACAGCCACAAUCCUGGCUGCCCGGGUACUUUAAAUGGAGUAAAUGGAAGCGUUCACGGCGAAGCGAGGCAAGCUCAGUCUAGGAAGAACAUUAUUCGAAUGCUUGCGGCUGUAGUGAUAGCUUUCUUCGUGUGCUGGGCCCCAUUCCACUUCCAGCGUCUGUUCUUCAUCUACGGGAGCAGCGCGGAGCACUACCACACUGUUAACGAGUAUCUAUUCCUGGCUGCUGGAGUAUUCUACUACAUAUCUGCUACUGUCAACCCUAUACUCUACAAUAUUAUGAGUCAUAGAUAUCGGAUUGCCUUUAAGGAGACUCUCUGCUGCCGCAAGGUUCGACGCAAGAAGAGCCGUUACAGAGACACGUCCAGUGUUCGUGAGACAGUGGUUAAUCACACUUCGGAAGGUACCCAGCUAGUUCGCGUGCGAUCCCAAAGUCACGAGAAGCGCCCGCAUCGCAACAGUUACUACAGGGCGGAGCCCUGCACACACGACCGCUGCAGGGACCGAACAUCCAACAGUGUCUGGAGGUCUUACGAGCACAGGGAGUACCUUUGAUUUGCCGACAAAUUCAUUUAAAAGGGCUAUAUCGAGACGAUGGUAUUGUAUGUGUUUGUGUCUUUUAUAUUUACUAUUUGUCACGGAGAUAUAGUAUUUCCGAAGGCUUUACCUGAACUCCUAUAGUAAAUGAUAAGAAAUAAUGUCUUGAUUGUAUUUCAAAUAAAGCACUUUAUCCACAUUUCACAAGAUAAAGUUAUUAUAUCAUUGUCCCCUGACAACAGUAUACAGUUUGUGUAAAAUUCUUAAAAUCGCACACGCAUCAGUCAGAUGCGUAUAGCUUAUAUUAGAGGAAGUAUUUACUUUUGUCUGAAAGAUAAUAAAAAUUAUUAGAUAUAUUUGCU